UAAAAGCUAGCUCUCCAAAGCGUGGUGGUUGGGUGUUCGCCACUAAGCACCUAUGAAAAGAGAAUUCUGAAUGUGAACUAUCCAGUAUUUUUUCUCCCCACUGCUCCUCAGGAAGGAAAUUAUUGGUAUCUUAUUGAGCCUGUACCAUGAGGUCAACAAAAAAAACUGUCAGACAUCAAAUAUCUCCUUGGAUGUAAAUAGUAUAACAAGUAGAGAAGGAGAUCAAAAAGUAGCAGGCACCUAUUGGAUGGCUUUCUGCAACUGAAAGAGAUAGGGCUCAGUGACUUGCAUAUUUCCUCUCAUUCAUCUACACCCAACUUUUACCUAACCUAUUUCAGUUGAUAUGCAAACUGUGUCAUUUUACGUGUGAGCUUUAAAACAGAGAACGUGUAGCAAUAGCUGCUCUGCAGUACUAGACUUAUAUCUGUCUAUAUACUGGCAAGAGUUUAAUGGCUACAUAAAAAGAGUUGCUUUGAUUAAUUUCUGAGAUACUGGAAAUGUAACUGUGAAUUUAGAAUCCUAUUUGUGCCAUAAAUCCAUCAAUACACCUAAUGAUUUUCAGGCGUUGUUGGUUGGUUUUCAAGAAGGCUUCCAGUAAAGGACCCAGGAGGCUAGAAAAAUUUCCAGAUGAGAAGGCAGCAUAUUUCAGGAACUUUCACAAGGUAACUGAGCUGCACAACAUCAAAAACAUAACGAGGUUGCCUCGAGAGACAAAGAAGCAUGCAGUAGCAAUUAUCUUUCAUGAUGAGACGUCAAAGACAUUUGCGUGUGAGUCAGAACUAGAGGCAGAAGAAUGGUGCAAACAUCUUUGCAUGGAGUGUCUAGGAACCAGGCUCAAUGAUAUAAGUCUUGGGGAACCAGAUUUGCUUGCUGCUGGAGUCCAGAGAGAACAAAAUGAACGAUUCAAUGUAUAUCUUAUGCCUACACCAAAUUUAGAUAUCUAUGGAGAAUGUACAAUGCAGAUCACACAUGAAAACAUCUAUCUCUGGGACAUCCACAAUGCGAAGGUCAAGCUGGUCAUGUGGCCUCUGAGCUCUUUGAGGAGAUACGGGCGUGACUCAACGUGGUUCACAUUUGAGUCUGGAAGGAUGUGUGACACAGGAGAAGGGCUGUUCACCUUUCAGACACGAGAAGGAGAAAUGAUUUAUCAGAAAGUCCAUUCUGCAACACUGGCAAUAGCGGAGCAACAUGAAAGAUUGAUGAUGGAGAUGGAGCAAAAGGCACGGCUCCAGACCAGUCUGUCUGAACCAAUGACAUUAUCCAAGUCGAUCUCACUUCCUCGUAGCGCAUAUUGGCAUCAUAUCACCCGGCAGAACAGCGUUGGAGAAAUCUACAGUUUACAAGGUCACAGCCUUGGCUCAGCAAAGGUGUCCCGGGCACAGACGUUCCCCAGCUACCCCUCGGAGCAGGGUGAGGAGCACCAGCCAUCCCUCUCGCUGGCCAGCAGCUACACCUUCAGCUACGGCUCGGGGCUGGUGCAAUGACAGGCGGGGGUGGCCAGCCAAGAGAGACAGUCCAGCCUGCAGCCUGCUGCUGGGAGCCACCGGCCCCCUCCACACCCACCAUCUGCCGUGAAAACUGAUGCCUACCAGCUCCAGCCAGGUCACCGCCAAUGUGGAAACCUGGAGAGGCAGCUUCCCUGAAGCAGAGGCUAAGUCUUUAUUUAUUUAUUUUUCUCUUCCUUUUGUCAAUACGUCAGGAAGGAGGCGUGAGGGGGGCGGGGGAGGGUAGGGUCGGAAGGGGUAUGCGUUCGUGUUGUGAGAAAGUGAUGGAAACAAAUGAAACUGUGUUGAUGUGAAGGUUUCUACAUGACCAGACAAGGCCCGUUCUGGGGCUCCAUGCAGAUGUCACAUUUGACAUCGGGGCCUUCCCACCUGCCUCCACCAGCAGGCUGGCCCAUCUUCACUGUAACAUUUUUAGGUCCUCGUCACAACCCACUGAUUCCUGCUGGAGUUGCUGAAAUGUCGCUGAUUCGAGACGCAGCAUCAGCACUGUGGGGUCACCUUCAGAUCCAAGCCAGUUUGCUCAUUACCCUAGAGGGUGGUCGCGUGUUUUUCAAACCAGAUGCCAACUGAAGUAGCAGGCCUAUAUUGUUUGUUGGGAAUAGAUUUUGAUGUGCUAAGGUAAGGUUAUUGCCUGGUGCGGCUCUCAUCUAAAUUCCUGGGACACAAAUUAAUCCCUUUCUAAUAGGCGCAUAAUUCUCACAACGCCCUUGAGAGCUGUGAAUGUUCAUAUUAGCACCACAGUCUCAUCCUCAGAACUGCUGCAAAGUCUUCUUAUUUGCAAAUUAUUUAAGUAACCAUGCCUACAAGCCUAACUUUUAAGAGUGGGAAAACUGUUCUUCAGAUAAAUAAAAACAGGUUGCAUCCCCCGCUGGCGACCACCUGUGCCACGGCUGGGCCAGAUACAGUAGAGCUGAACCCUGGUCUUGUCUUUCUGGUCAGCAUUACUUUGAUUUCAUUUCCUUCUCAAAUUUCUGUUUUAGAUGCACAUUGUAUUUUGUAUGGUCAUGUGUCAAACAUUGUUUUACUUUGAAAAGGAGGAUGCGUACAUCUCAAUGGAAAUUUUCUGUCUUUGGAAGACGUCUUUAAAAAAUGAACUGUAGUAGGUGUGUUGGAAGGCACACCGGUAGGUGGGGAACAAGUUUUAUCUAUCCUGAACAUUUAGACUUUUGUAAGUGGUAUUGAAUAUUAAUGUAUUUCUCACGAUGCCCUGAAAUGUUUGGAAGUGUGGGGAGAAAAAUCUUCCUUCUUGCUAUGAUAUGAGCAUCUUUGUGUUCUGUUCGCAGUGAGAAAUUAUUACCAUAAUUGCCAGAGGGAUUCAUUUCAUUAGUUUCUCAGGACAGGUUGAGGAAGUGUAUCAAGGUGGAGACACAUAGACCCUUUUCCAAUGAAACAAUUAGUUUUAUGUAUGAUAAUUUAACUGAAAAAGUGCUGUUGGGUUGUUUUAUAUAUGUACAUAUAUGUAUGUGUAUUAAAAAUUACAGAAGAAACUUCUGCUUCUGAUUGAACAUUUACUGAUACAGUAUGUCCGGCUUUUUUCCGACCAUUUUCCAGGCUAAGAGACCUUGCAGGCUUACAGCUUUCUACACCUCAGUGAACAGCUGCUGAAUAACAAAGCUUUGUGAUUCGCUUGAAUGAAACACUUCUACCCCACCACAAUCAGCUUUAUUUAUUUUUCCUCUUUUUCCCUGUCUCAUUCACUACCUCUUUUCCUUCUCACAGUGCUGCCAUACUCAGGAAUAGAGCAGCUCCCUGCAGAGAGUAUUUUGAUAAGCUAAAAUGAAAAACUGCUCUCCCACACUGUCAUGGAGCUGUACCUAUGGUGCUCUCUGAGCUGUACCCAUCAAGGAACCUUCAUUCACCCUUUCAUUUAAGAAAUAAAUUUAGUUGACAUUUUGCUUUGGGAAAAUUUCCAGUUUGCAGACAUUACAUGGACAAUAUGAUACAAAAGGACAGAUAUUCUGCUGGUGUGAUUCCAUUAUUCAGUGCAGCUUUGCCAAAUAGGCGCCUUUUGAGGAACUGGCCAGUUAUUUUUAUUCCUAUGCAACUGUGAUUCUUUCGCAUAUAUUUUCUUCAAAAUUCCUUAGAUUAAGUUUUGAAUACGUUCUGCGGAUUUCUAUGCUGUGUCCAUGUAACUAUUUUCCUCCAUGACUUGAAUGCUAGACAUUUAAUACUUACAUAUUCUACAUAGGCCAAAAGUAGGGAAAAGGCAAAACAGGAGAUUAUCAGAACUCCUUUAUAGUUCCAGUGCCCAUAUACUUUAAGAACCUAUCUAAAUCCUAAAGCUAGUGCUUCAGCUGUUUUUUAUACAAAAAGCAUGAGAUCUGUAUAGAGUGCUCUUUCCAUUUCCUGGGAAACAGUUGCUGUCUGUCACAGAUGUUUUUUUCUUCCUAUACAGUGCAUGAAUAUUGUCUAGUUAAUAAAAACAUAGAAGCUAUUUCCAAACAAAACAACAAAAAAAAAAAAAGGGGGUGGGGGGGUAGGGAAUUGGUCAUGUAUAGGUAUUUUAUUAAAUAUUUUGUUUUCAUUACAGAACGCAACUAUCCUCUCAACUCAUACAUUUGUAAACAUCUGUGAAGUCCCAUCUUGUAGCAAUAGGCAGCAAACUGAACUCCAGGACAAAGCUAGAGAACACAACCAAAAAAACCCAAACCUGCCCUAUUGGGAACCUAUUUCUUGUAGAGAGUAAACACAACCACACUGAAAGUUGAAAACAAAGUUACAACUCACAGUGUACUGUAACACAGCUAAGAAAACAGGGCACCUGAAGCACAAAAGUAUUCAGUAGCCUGUGGAUGUUGCUAUCGGUGUCACUCCAGAACAGCAGAUGUGAUGACACUGUAACAUUUGUGUGUACAUGAUUGUACAUGUAGCUUCCAGAAAUGUUCCUCAGAAAAGCUCCAUGAGAAACAGGCAGGCACUAGGCCAACAGAUUGCCAGAAAAUUCUGUUUUCACACAAUUGCUUUGAUUUCUGGCAUAUGCCUGUCGAUAAUCUAAGUGAUUCCCUACUGAGACCACUUUAUACAGCUCCUAGUGCUUCCGCCAGAAGGAAAGCUCUUUUGGCACACAUAGUAGAGCUGCCUGCCUAGAGACCACGAGGGACUUUAAAUAGCCCCAGGGACCCCAUAAGUCCCUGUACAAGUCUCGGCUAUUUUCAUGUGCAAGGCACACAGAUAAUAGGUCUGCUCCUGACCCAGGAGGAGCUCUGUUUUGAGCUAAUGAGCUGUGAAGAAAUGGAGGGCAACAAAAUGUCUUCAGUGGUGACAAGAUGCAGCCGGUACGAAUGGAACUUAGCAUUAGUACAUUAUAAAACAGAUGAAAUAACAUAAGGCUACUGCUUUCAUUUUGGUUGUCAAUAUAUAACUGCAACAAUUAUAUAAAUUUUUAAAGAAUGACCCUUAAUAACAAUGUAUUCACUCCUGUGAACGAAUAACACACAGCAAUUACUAAGUAUAGUUACUAAUAUAACUUAAUUGUGAGUAUUAUAGAUUGAUGCAUGCUCGUACUUUUGAUUUUCAAGUCACUUGGUGCAGAAAAGGAGAAAUUGAAGGAGACUGGUAAAUCAUCAAAUGGUGCUAGGAUACUUGAGUAGCCCCAUUGUUUAAACAGCUAAAUUUUAUUAUUGAUAGUUUAAAUCAUCUGUGAGUAUACUCCUUUGAAAAAAAAAAAAAUGCCUGUAAAGGAAAAAGAAAGAAGAAUAUCUUGUAACACGGAGUUAACUCUCUUAUUGAGUAAAUGUUUAGGCUUUAUUUUCUCAUUCCAGCUCCUCACACUUAUCAGGUCCAUGCAAAAUUCCCUUCUUGGGGUUGUUUCGUUUUGUUUUCCCCUAAAGCUAGCAACUAAAGCUAAUGUAUUGACAAACCAAAGAAGUUUGUUAGACAGGAAGAGCAACAUCUCUCUUUUGUUUUGACAAAAGUCUACCAUGACAUUUUGGGAAAAUACUUCAUUUCACAACACGUGAAUGGAAAUCCUGUUGGGAAUCAGUAAACACAUUUCUAAUCAAGACUUGUUCUGAGCUAAUAAGACUUUGCUGGAGGAGGGGCUGAAACUGAAUAUCUGAGGUGAAAAUUCUUUUAAAGUGCUCUCUAUAGCAAUAAUAUGACUACAUCAUACAGCCUUCGGGCAUGUAUUUAUUGAGAAGCUGUUAAGUGCUGGCAGUCUGUGAAGACCCUUACCUGUUCAUGGCAAAGAGGAAAAAAAUAAAGGGCAUUAAUCAGAUCUCUGUAUUGCAUUUAUCAGAAAAGGAAUAAACUUCAUACUCGUUCAGCUCUCUAGCCUAAUAGACAAUACUAGGAAGAGCAGUGGGUUUUGAGAUAUUUCAUGUCCAAGAACUAAAAAAACAUCAGCCUGUAGCAAAUAAAGCUCUACUCAGAUUUAGCUCACCAGCCACAUUUACUAGUUUUCAUCUGGUAACCUGGAAACUGCAGGGUGGUAUUCCAUGAGAAAAUGUAAGUUUCUUGAAUGGCUGUGCUUUUUAGCAUGAAAUACAGCACUAUUUACAACUGUUUCUUCCUAAAAUGGAAGGAGGAAGAUGUUGCAAUUAAUCUCUUUUUUAGUGUUUAAUAUCAGUGUAUUUUAUCUCCUUUUUAUACCUUCUGCAAAGGAAUAAAUGUGGCUUUUAUCCACACACAGAGUAGAGUGGACUGUGGAGAAAGCAUGAAAAGCUGAUGUUUGAUUACAAAAGCAGAUCCAACAGCACUGGAAAGUUUCAUUUUCCUACACAUCAUCCAAAUUUGUCACGCUUUCCAAACCAACUUGUUACACAACUUUUAUAUAUUAGAAUCUUAUAUUUUUCAUGACAACUGGAGGUGCCUGCCUACAUUUUGUAAGUAGAAGGUAAUGACUGUGCAACAGCAUUGUAGUGGUAUAAUGUUGAAAUCAAAGUGUAUAAGGUUGGCCAUAUUAAUUCUGCAGAUAUAAAAUCUUGCACUCCAUUAGGUGAACUAUGUUUGUUCUUGAUAUUAUAAAUAAAUGUUUCUCACUUUUGAUUUUACAUUAAAAAGGUGCACUAUAUUGGAAACAAGUACAGGUACACUGUGGACUGAAAGAAAAGUCUAAGGAGUAUUGACUAUCCUGUUGCAACAAGAAGUUUCUCUCUCUGUCCAGGUCCUUAUGAGACAGUAGAAGGUGGUAAGUGAAGGUGCUGUGUAUGCAGCAGUUAUCUAAAUGGCGUUACACUCAGGAACCUGAUUGUCAAAAUCCACAGCUGAACUGGUUUUAUUAGUGAAAAUGGAAUUUUCACUUUCCAAAUACAUUUUUUGGUCAUCUUUUCAUGCAUAUGCAGCUUAACAGAUUUUUAUGGGUAUGGUUAAAACAGAUAUGAAAGUAACUGAGGCUUAAGUAUGAUUAAUUAUGAUUAAAGUAUUUUAAAAUGUCAAUAUUGUUAUGAGUAUUGCAAGUUGUAAUGGAGAAAAUGUUUCCCUUUUAACUAAAUGAAAGCUCAGAAUCUAGUAUGCUCUCAAAGAUGAAAGAGUUAACCUUUUUAAAUCUCACACUGAAACUCUUAAAGAAUGGCUUUCAUUCUGGGUUUUUUUUCUGUCACUACAGAAAUCCUCAUGAGGUUAAAUAGAUUUAGCACAUUCUCUUAAAAUCCUGGGAUUGCCAAGUGAAUGGAUACAUUUUUCAGUAUAUUUUUUCCUGUAACAUUAUUUGACAUGAAUGAAGUUAACCCUCAUUUUUAAUAUAAGCUACAUGUUGUUCUCAAUCUUUUUUAAAAUUGUAUGCUAGCAAGACUGUAAUAGUCAGAGCAAAUAGCACAAAAUUAAUCAGCUGUCUUGGCAAUUCCAUACCAGUAACAAAAAUAAAGGUUGCAGUUAAACUUUUAUUCUCAUUGCUGCUCCUAUAGCUGAAACAGAAUAAAUGAUGUAAAAUAAAGCUGUCCUUGUUGAUGCUAAUUGUUUCAUUUCCUGACUCUCCAUAGAUAGCAGGCUGUGACUGGAGAUAUUUGUUUUCCAGAACUGAAUUUUCUAAGUCAUACUGAUUUAAGAUGGCUACAAGGACAAUGCAGAAAAAAAGUAUUAUGAUUUCCUGCCAAAGUAUGGACCAUGCAUUACAAAACUUUGUGGAUCUUACUACAGCCAGAUAUUGCUAAAAAUAUGAUUUAGAAUAUUUCAGAGCUGAUCAGUUCUGGGUAAUAGAAGCAACAUCUGCAUUUAUGAGGCAUAAAAAUAUAUACAUAGGUGCUCAGCCUUUAUGCUUCUAAUUACAAAAUUAUCUGACAUAGGUCUGUGAGCAAGUUCCUCCUGUACUACCAUUGUUUGGUAAAUUAUGGAAAUUUAAAAGAAAAUAGUAAUUGUCUGCUUCAGAAAGUUUUAUUUCAGAGAAAAAAAAUUGUAUUAACAGAGAGUAAUUUUAAGAUAUAUAAAUAUUCAUAACAUACAUUUCUCUCUUCAAAUAUACAUAUAGACAUAAACAUAAAUGGAGAAAGGUAUUGAAAAAAAAAGAAAAAAUGAAAGAUAUUGUGUAUUUAUUUGGCUAUGUCUUAGUAUGCUAUGCUAUUGAUCACUUAAAUCUUGUUAAUACUACAAAUGAAUUAUUUAGUGUAAUAAUCUAAUUAAAUAAAUUUUUAAGAAAUGUGUUAAAUAACUUCUAGAAUCACUGAGACUUUUUCUUUUCUAAAAACUAUACAAUUAUCUUUUUCAGUAAGCACAAGGUUAGAAUUAUCUCAGCCAUCACUAGUAAUUCAUAUUAGUUAUUUUAUCUAAUUAUACCACCUAACAAUAUGGAUAGUGUGGAAGUAAUAAACAUAUUGUUUUUUUGAAACUUUCCAUUGAUAACUUAGUACAUUUCCUUUGGUAUUUCUACCUUGAAUAUUAUGUCCUGAGUUAUAUGUAGGGAUAUUUAACUGCAAGACUCCAACACAGAUAGUAAGGUAAAUCUGCAGCUUUGUAACUCAAGCCUAGUUGGGGUCAAGAAAUGAGUCAGAGCAGUGGCAGAGUCCUGUGGCACGUUGGCAGCCUGCUCCAGUAGUCCUGAGCUCGCACAGGUGAGGCGGUUGAAGAUCCCAAGGCUUUCUUAUUUUAAAGGAAGUGUUCUCAAACUCAUCACAUUUAUCUUCUGGCUAUGCAGAUGCUCAUAUUCUUCUCAUUACUCUUAACACAUUUUACUCUUAGAAGAGAACAAACAAACAAAAAAGCUAUGGGCAAGAGCAGAAACAAGUACACUCUUGCUGGAGGAGUGCCCAACCGAGCCCUGCAGGCCCACUCCUUAGUCCUUACAACAUGAGUUGUUUCUGUACAGGAGCCCAUCUUCAAGGGGAAGCCUAGAAAGGGCAGUGGAGAUGGAGCUGCAUCUGAUGCAGACUGGAGGAUAACGGGGCCAAGGUCUUCAAUUUCCUGGCUGAUUUGGCUGGUGGGAUGCUGGAUGAACUGGCUGUGGUGGCAGAAACAGCCUGCAUUUUGUGUGAAAGAGAAAAAGCCUAAUUCAGCUUAGUGUUUUGAAGACCACAGCCCCACAGGGUAGAACCCUUCGCACUGGUUGUCAAAGGAACAGUGGCCACCCUGAGCUCACGCAUACCCUGACACCACAUCCCAGCAAGGCAUGGCAAUGGAGGCAUCUUGUGCUCUUGCCCAAAACAGUUCCCCAGGAAUGUGUGAGUGUUGGAAAUGUUGAGUUGCCUUACUUCCACCUUAAAUAAUACGGUCCGAGAACUUGACAUAUGGUUUCUACCGCUGGGGUUCACAUGCUAAAAAAGUAUUUUAGUACCUAUCUUCUAGACAGGCAGGGCUGGUUUUGGAACUAGCCCUUGGUGUCAGACUUGCAAAGCCAUUUAGAGGAUUAACUCUUCUUGAACAUCUAGACUUUAAAGGAAAUAAGUCUUCUUUCACUUGCACUGGGGAGUACUCACUGCGGCAGUUUCAGCUACUGUAAAUAAAUACCAUUGAUUUGAACUUGUGCAUAAUCCAAUAGCAAAGAAGGUUUAGAGGAGCAUGAUGCAGACAAGUUUAAAAGAAAAAAAAUCAGACCUGGUUCCCAGAUAUGUUUGUGAUAAAAUUAAAUAAAUAAAUAAAUAAAUAAACCCCACCACCCUAGAAAUUAAUUUGAUAGUGAUAUCAGUCCUCUGAAACCUGUUCUUUUUCUGAAGGUUUCUUGUUUGGAUCUCUCAGGAGUAAGCUAGAAUCCACAACAAACUAACAAGUGCUGGUAGCAUCUAUAUUCAACUAUUCUGCCUGAUUUGUUGCCUUGGUCUCCUCCUUUUCUCUGGUUCUGGGAUAAGGCCUGGAUCGUCGGUAGAUUAGUAAGUUGCACAGCAGAGUUAGAACAAACUACUUCUGUGUGUUCUUGAAAAAAUGUAUAUGCCUAACAGAAAAGAUGCCUGGAAAUUUAGGGCAGGUGGAGGUCAGAAAGAUGGUUAAGUACUGAACCAUCCUGCCUAGAAUGGGGCUUUGGAGGAGCCCAGCUUCUUGUGUUCCUUGGUGAGUUCAACCUUUAAAGCAGGCUGUUUCCUCACAGAAACAUUGUUUUACCUCAACAUGCACAGCCAAGGGAGAGCAGAAGACAAGAGGAAUGAGCAAUAACAUGAACAUAGAUUCAGACAAGCUUUUUAAGGUAAAGGAACAUAUCCGAGGUGAAUAGAGAAAAUAACAGAUCAUCUAUGUUAUUUUUCUAACUUUCACCUUCUUUCAUAGACAGUGAUUUUCGUAUUCACCCUGAUGAUCCAAACUCUGGUGACUGCAUCUCCUACAUUCAGAAGUCCCAACAAAGACUGACUACAAAUCUUUUUUUCUCUAAUUUCUUUUUUAAAAGACAUGUGAGUUUAUGCCCUUUAUAGACUUAAUAGUACCAUUAAUCAUGGAAUUUUCCUUUGAACAUAGGACUUAAACAGCUACCUUUUUCACACAGCAUGAAUGAUUAAUUUUAUAAUUACGGAAAAUAAAUCUAUGUUUUCUUUUCCUAAAAUCUCAUAGAUUCAUUUUCCAGUUACACAGAAGAUAGUUUGCCAGUGAUUCAAGACUACGUUUUUUAUGAAAAUUUUCUUUAUUCUGUUUAUUUCCUUUCAGCAAAAUUUCUAAUGUCUUAAAACAGCAACAAAAAAGAGAGAAUUAUCUUAUGGUUUAGACAGCAGGCUUAGCUGGUUGCCAUCCAUAGUUGUGUCAUGCAACUUUCUUGAUUUUUCUUUCCCUCACUCUUAAAUCUUUGGGCAAGCAGUACAGCUUGAAAUAGAACAGUAACUGUUCAACAUAAAAUUUCCAAAUUACAUUCAGUGAAGUUUUCUCAAAAGGAACUAAAAGUUUCCAAAAGAAAAAGGAAGAUCUAUGGAAAAUGUUGAAAAUAAACAGCAAUAAACAAUACUUUGUACUAUUUUACACUAGAAAGUCUAUUUACAUAAUCCAAACUCUGUCACAGAAAACAGACUCUUAUUGGGUCCCAUCCUGCCAGACUCAUAAAAUGUUUGAAGAGUUUUAGUAUUGCACCUCAGAUUGUUCUUCUAGAAGUUUCUCUCACGGGUAGCUGACUGGUUUUUAAUUCAAUGAGAAUACUGUUAAGUGUUGUGGGGGGUUUUUGUUGGUUUUUUUUUUGGUUUUCAUUUGUAUCAGUCUCAUGUUCAGCUGCUGUUCACUGAUAUUACCAUGGUACAAAAAUGAAGCUGUAGUUUUGGGUUUGCUUUUUUGAAAAAAAUAAUAUAUUGUUCUUAUUAUGCUAUGUGUGAUGUGAUUUUCCCUGUAGACUAUCAUGGUAAAAGUCAUAUGUCUAUGGAAUUUGAAUCAAAAAAAAAAGAUGCAAAGAUGUGGACUACAGAUUUUUCUUUUUUUCUUCCUCAAAUCUCAAAAAUAAGCAAUUAUUUUGAAAAGAUGAGCUAAAAGUACCAAGGGAGGCAAGAAAUAAGGGCAUUACCAGAAACAAUCAAAACAGUCUGGUAUUCCAGGUACUUAACCUCAACCUCUCCUUCUUUUCUACCCUCAGUAAAGUAGGGAUGUAUUUUAACUGUCUCUACAAGCAGUGAAACAAUACCAGCUUCUCAGCUUAUGGAUAUUUCUGUAUCAGGGUUCUAACUGAGAACUUCAGUGUAAUCUAAUUCAUUAUAUUAUAAUUUUGGUAUUUUAAUAUAAAUGGCAUCAUCAAAGAAACAACCUGAAGAUACAAAGUUUUAUUUGUAAUGCUGUGCACAACUUAGAAUUACCUGCUAUGACAUUUGAUAACUCAGGAAAUAAACAAGCUUAUUAAAAGUACAUUUCUGUGUAGCCUCAUCAACUUCAUAUGCAAGAAUUUAUACUUCUGAAAACCUUCAGUAAGUGAAAGAAAAAAAACAGCCCUUGCUAUGUGUAUGUGUCCUUGUUCAGGAGUACACAAAACCAAAAUGAGAUGUCUUCUAAUGGUAUAUGACAUUGUAAACAAUUUAAGUCUUCAGUGCUAGAUGCAAGGUCGCUUUGGUUUAGGAUUUUAGAUUUUUAACUGAAGUGUAGGAUAACCACCUGACUCUAUUACUGCUCAAUUAGUUCAUAGAAGCUUUGUGUCCACAUUCUUCUCAGAAGAACCUAGGCUCUUGUUGCCCUGUGCACGUGAAGAAAGCCUUCCAUUAGAGAAGGCCACGCAAAAUGUGCUGUCAGGUUGUUGAUGUUCCUUCCUAGCCAGCCAAGUGGAACUGGUCACUGAUCUGCAGGCUCGUGAUGCCUCUACCCAAAACCCUUUCCAAAAGAAAAAAAGAAAACAUAUUCAGCAAAACUUUUAUUAAUGCUUCAAGAGAAAAGAGGAAUCAAGCAUUUGUGGGCCAGGCACACAGUUUGGAAAGUUCAGACAUAUGAGGUUAUCAGCUGUCAUGGUAGCACCUUCAUCUACUGGGAUCUCAUCCUUAGUAAUACAGCGGGUUUGUGAAAGGCCAAAAGAUGCAUAGAUCCUAAUUCUCAGGUCUGCCUUCUAGUUCUGUUUAAGGAUUUUUUUUUGUCUGUUUGUUCAAUUUCUCUGUGUUUUCUUCUGUAGGUUUCAACAGAAUAUAUACAUAUGCACAUAUACAACUACCUUUGUAUGUGUAUUGUUUUGUAAAUGUUCUCAGCUUUUUUCUGCUUUGCAUCAUUUAUUCAUGUAUCUUACAUGUUCUCAUUUAUUUUUUGUGCAACUAAACCUUAUAAUAAAUUAUUAUUAAAUAUAUCCUGACAAAGACGGAGUUUUCAUGGUGUUUUCUCCUGGGCGUGGAGUGGGAGGAGGAGAGAGAAGGAAGGAGGGAGGGGAGCAGGGGCUACACUUCUAUUCUGUCCCCAAAUAUAAAGCACUGAAAUAACUAUGGCGGCUGGCAAGAAACCUGUAAAACCACACAGCUGUCAGAUAGCAAGCUCCUCUUCAUACUUUUAAAUGUAGGUUCAAGGUUCCCUGACAAAUUUGCUUUUGUCAGCUGACUAGUACUGUUUGCCCAGCAGCAAAAUAACACCUCCUGUGUGGAAAAUACUUAUUAUUCUAUAGGGCUUUCAGUUUGAGAUGCAAAAAUCAUGGAUGUAGACAACAUGGAGCACAUUUUCUUUCUCAUCCUGCCACAUAGGCUUCUCAGACAGGUAGAUUUCUCAGACCAAAAUAUGCAGCUCCAUUCAACGUACCACAGCUGUUCUGAAAUUCUUACUUCAUAGUACACCUAUUGGGUAAAAAUAUUUAAAUUGCAUAAGAACAAAUAAUCUUUUUAUAUGAAACAAAGGAUACACUACAGAUACACCUGGUGUAACCUGGACCAGGCUGACUGUCCAGCCAAAGCAGCCCAGGCAGUGGUCAUCACAGGCAGUUUGACUUUCUAUGCAAAGAAAAUAAAGUCUAAGAUACAGAUAUAAGGCCUGUGCUUUGCUUACUUCAUUCUGAAGAAGGAAGCUAAUGGUUUGUGUGAGAAAGUUUUGCAGUUGACAUAAACCUCCUGUGUCUGCCUCAGAUAAUGAUUCUUCUAUUCUUUUUGUGGUCCAUGUCCUGUGAAAAUUAAAUAUUCCAUAACUGUUAGCAGGCUAGAAGAACAUUAAAGAAAAAAAAAAAAAAAAA